CGUCCCAUGAUCCGGAAGUAGAUGGGGAUGACUUAAGGCUGCGUUCCGUUUGUUGGACAUCAGGAGUCAAAAAUGUUUGAUGUCCUGUUUUUGUUUUACUUAUUCGGUUACAGUCCGGUCUGUGGCGUCUUUCAGAAACUUUACUGCUCAAUAUCAGAUAGCUGCGACUGCGACUUCAAGCCGAAUAUCAGAGACUUGGAGUGGGACCUUUACAAAAAUGUCUUUGGCCAACAUCUGGUUCAGGACAUUGUCUCAGAGGAAGUGGCGAAGUUCCUUGAGAAAAAAAGUCCCGACCAGCCCUUAGUGCUGUCCUUCCAUGGCUCCAUGGGCACAGGAAAGACACUCGUCAGUACCAUCCUGGGCAAUCAUCUGUAUGGUUCAGCCAUGAGCAGCCCAUUUGUCCACCAGUUUGUCCCGACUCUUCACUUCCCCUCACAUAAAUUGGUCCGUCAGUACAGAGAGGAGUUAAAAAGUUGGGUGCAGGGAAAUCUGACGGAGUGUGCUCGUUCGGUUUUCAUUUUUGAUGAAAUGGAAAACAUGCCUCCAGGUGUCAUCGAUGUGUUGGAACCGUUUCUAGGUCCUUCCCAUGUUGUAUUUCGUACCAACUAUCGCAAGGCCAUCUAUGUUUUUAUAAGCACCACCGGAGACGAUGCCAUUCUGAAAGUGGCUUUGGAGAAUCGUCAGGCUGGACGGGAACGAGAGGAGAUUAAGUUGCGGGAUCUGGAAGAAGCCGUCUUACAGAUGAGUUACAACAGCAAUACAAGUGGAUUUUUCCAGUCCAACAUUGUGCAGCAGAAGCUUAUCACUCGCUUUGUUCCCUUCCUGCCGUUGACCAGGAACCAUGUUGAGCGCUGUGCUCAAUCUCAGCUCCACCAACGCAACAUCCGUAGCCGUAGCGACGUGGUUGAGGCUGUUGGGCGCAGUAUGUUCUACGCUCCUGUCCAUGGACAAUACUUCUCCACCACUGGCUGUAAAGCCGUCUCUGCCAAAAUCGACUUCUUCUUGUGAGCCAAAGGACAGCUGUUUAGCUUUUAUUUUCCGGGACUGAAAGAGAAUAUUCUUCCAUUUGAUUUUAGGAGAUUGGCUUUAGGCACGCAUGGUAAUGGUGGAGAGAAGUGACAGCCUGCUGAAAUCUAAAUCCAUGGAUUCUCAGUGAUUUGCUGCUCAUGAGUUGCCUUCUGAAGUGAGCCACUGAAGAGACAAAACACUGUCCUGACAUUCUGGGCUUGUUACAGGGGGCUUCCUGGAGCUGAGGAAGAUACUUGAUGAACUAAUAACCCUCUUAAUCUGGAGCAUUUUUGUGAAGAAGUUAUUGUUGCUAGUGUGAUUGUUGGUGAAAUCUCUUCCAAAACGAGUCGUCUACAUCAAAUUUAAUCAGAGUAAUUUAGUUUUGGUACAGCGUGGCUGCAGCUCUCUAGAUGUCUCCAGAUCAUUCGUUUAUCAUUUCCUACUUUAUUUUUGCUCAAAACAAACCCAUCUUUUGUAAUUCACCAGGAGUAGAGUAAGGAUUUAUGCAUUCUCUAUGUUUUGCAAUUUUAUCAGAUUAUUAAUUGAUAUUUUCAAUUCAAGUUUAUUUCUAAAGCGCCAAAUCAGGACCAGAGUCGUCUCAAGGACCUUCACACAGUAAACAUUCCAAUACAGGUCAGUUCAGUAAGCCAGUCAGUAAAAAGUUUCCUAUAUAAGGAACCCAGCAGGUUGCAUCGAGUCACUGACUAGUGUCAGUGUCUUUACAGCAAUCCUCAUACUAAGCAAGCAUGCAGCGACAGUGGAGAGGAAAACUCCCUUUUAACAGGAAGAAACCUCGGGAGGAUCCUGGCUCAGUAUAAGCAGCCAUCCUCCAUGACUCACUGGGGAUGGAGAAGACAGAGCACACACACACACAGAGAGAGACGGACAGACAGCGCAUGUGGUGCUUACACAAUCGUGUCGGCACGGCAGGGGUUUGUUCGGGCUGGAACAGGUGGUGUAGUGUUCACAUAUAAAUCCGAGGGACUUCUCAGGAAUACGGAAAUCUGUGGGCGGCGUUUAAUACGCGCGCGAAAGUCCGCUCCAUAAGGGUAACAAAAGGCGGACAUGAGCUGUGUUGCUUCUGGAGACUCUGAACAACAUAAUUUUAUUAAUUUGAAAGUAAGAUGUUAUCAGGAGAGGGAGAAUGUUUAAGUGGUUAACAGCAGUGUUCAAGCCGACUAAAAUGAGUCAAAGAUUUAAAUAAUCUACAAAAACAGAUUUCUUCUCACUGCAUUCUCUGCUGGAACUGCUACCCCGCUACCCAGACUCGGAUAAGUAGACAGAAAUGGACGGAGACUAUUUUUUGUCAGAAUGAGACUAUGUCCCAUUAGUAAACAUCACACACUGGUGAAAUGACAUCUCUGGGAACCGUUUGGUGGUUAACCCCCCAAUCCAACUGCUUAAAGAGUGUCAAGCAGGGAGGCUUUAGGUCCUAUUUUUAAAGUCAAUGGUAUAACCCAACUGGUAUUUGAACCUUGAUCUCCCAGUCCCAUUUGCAAUCAUGUGAAGGCAAACAAACGAGAAAUUAGAUUAUUUUUGCUGGUUAACUUAAGGGUAUUUUUCAUUACCACAUCAUAUUAAAAAGGAAACUGGAGAGAUGAGAUUUUUUUUUUUUGCUGGAUAACUAAAGGGUAUUUUCAUUAAGAAAGGAACUGGUAAACUGCAUAUGUCUUUAUUGAGAUAUCAAAGCCAACAAGUUAGUUUGUAGGGUGCUAUGAAAGUUUCGAUGUAAAAUAAGAAAACUGCAAAAAGUUUUAUUUGUCAGUAUUCUGGUGUCCUUCCUGAGCACAUCACUGUUUCUGCCACCAGGUGGCAGCUUUGACCUGAAAUGAUGGAGUUCUGUCGUGAACUGAUUCCAUGUCUUGAAUGUACAGAUCAUAGAAACGUGUCUUGAUUCAGAUCAUAAAAACUCCAAAUGCACUUUAUGAAGAUGAGAUCUUUUACCUGUAUCUGAAUGCAUAAAUAGUAAAGUGGUUUACAAAUA